CAGGGAACCGAGUGUCAAUCCACGCGAUCGGCGCCAUAUUGAAAUCUGUGUUGCUUGUGAAUAGAGCCAGGUUAAAAACUUAACCAUACCUCGGAUAAAAUGUCUGCUGAACGGCUGAAGAUCAUCAAAGAGCGCUCAAAGCUAAGAAGGCAACUGUUAGCACAGCAACUUGGAGCUAAAGACUCGAAAGAUAUUGGCAUUUUGCUUGGGGGUCAGGAAGAUUUGAAACGUGGAGAAGGUACUCAUGGAGAAGAAGAGCAGCUCAAAUCACCCCCUGCCAAAAAGAUGAAUCCACCAAAGUUUAGAUUGCCAGGAGUUCACAGUAAAGCUCCAAAGGUCCUUGUGAAAGAUGAUAAAGCAAACCGGCAGAAAGGAGAUGAAAGUGAUGAAGAAUCUUUUGAAGAACUUUACACAGAUUCAAGUACAUUCUUGAAGGGCACACAGAGUCUUAAUCCUCACAACGAUUAUUCACAGCACUUUGUCGAUACAUUGCAACGGCCACAGAAUUUUAUCAGAGAUACAGGUCUGGCCGACAGAUUUGAAGAAUAUCCAAAGCUGAAAGAGCUCAUAAGACUCAAAGACGAAAUCAUUGCGAAGAGAGCAACACCUCCCAUGUACCUUCAGGCUGAUUUGGAAACCUAUGACCUCAGGGACUUAAAAAGCGUUUUUGACGUCAUUAUGAUCGACCCACCGUUAGAGGAAUACCAGAGGAGAUGUCCUGGAAGAACUUUCAGCUGGAGGCCAUGGGAAUGGGACGAGAUUAUGAAGUUGGAGGUAGGAGAGGUAGCUGCGCAGCGUUCGUUUUGCUUUUUGUGGUGCGGCUCCGCAGAAGGACUUGAUGAAGGCAGAAAAUGUCUGAGGGCCUGGGGGUUCCGAAGAUGCGAAGAUAUAUGCUGGAUAAAGACCAACAAGAAGGAGCCUGGCAAUGUGAAGUACAUGGAACCAAAAUCUGUGUUGCAACACACGAAAGAGCAUUGCUUAAUGGGGAUCAAGGGUACCGUCCGGAGGAGCACUGAUUUUGACUUUAUCCAUGCCAACGUCGAUUUGGAUAUCAUAAUCACUGAAGAGCCGGAGUUCGGAAGCCAAGAGAAGCCGGAAGAAAUUUUCCACAUCAUCGAACAUUUCUGUUUGGGACGAAGAAGACUUAAUGUCUUUGGAAACGAUAGCACGUUGAGGCCAGGUUGGCUGACAGUUGGCCCAGAUUUGUCAAGCUCGAACUUCUCAACUGAAUCAUAUUUGAAUUACUUUAAUAAUGGACCAGAGGACUACCUAGUGGGCAGUUCCAAUGAGAUCGAGACACUGCGGCCAAAGUCGCCUCCAAACAAAGGCAAAAGCCAGCCAUUUGCUCGUGGCCGCGGGGGCUCAGGCCGCGGUGGCAUGCCUGGCCGUGGUGGCGGCCAAGGUCGAGGCGCUGGACAGGGACGUGGUGCUGGUGUUGGACGGGGGUUGGACCUUGAUAUGAACUUACCCCCUGCACACGGUAGUGCAAAUAUAACGGUAGUUGGAGAUGGGCGGGCCCCACGGGGUGGUAUGAUGAAUACGGGGUUCCCUCAUUCGAUGAUGGGGGGCACAUUCAUACCCCGUGGUGGCUAUCACCCUAGGUAGCUUUCAUUUUUUUUUAAAUUUGCGUUUUGCAUUAAAAGUAAAAGCCAUAACGAUGUACUUUUGUUUAUCAAAAAUGACAAGAAAAAUAUUGCGAUUGAUUUGACAGCGAAUUAAUCUCUAGUUUGAGACGGAUAUCAAAGUCGCUUUUUUCCUUAUGUAUCCUUCGACUUUUCACCACAUGUUUACCAGUUACCGCUUGUUAAAGGCCUAUAACUCAAAAUCGUCAAAAACUUUUUUUGGGUAGAAGCUUACCAUUUUCACAUGAUUUGAUUUUGAAAACUGGAGAUUUCAAGUUCCAAAAUUAUUUCUUGAAUUGCUGGCAAAGAAUUAUGAUUGAAAGACGUCGAGUAACGUAAAGAAACAGAAUAAAUAUAAAAUGAUUGCUUUUGUAGGGUUAAAACGCAUUUCAGCAAAUUAAAAGUUGCCCACCCAGGGGCUUGUGUGAAGAGGGUUGGCAAGUGCUUCCUUGAAUUGUCAUAUCGGGAAAUUUUGCAUAUUUACGUAUUUUAAUGCUAUUUUUAAAAAAUUCUUAUUUUCAAGGGGUCGAAGCAGGGAAUUCAAUUUUGUUCUUAUUUCUCAUAAAAACAUAUAUUUUUAAGCACUAUAAACACUGCAUUUUCCAAACCUUAACAAGCCACUCAAAAAAAGGAACGGCUCCACUCCAAAGAAGAAACGCCUCAAGAGCCUAGAGUGCCCCACUUGUAUUUCUACCUUCGCUUGAUAAAAAAGGAAUUGUAUUUUUUGGCGCAGAGAUUGAUAGUUUCUGAACAUAAAUCGCAUGAAACAAAGAUAGAACUAAGUUUAUUUAGCAUCUUCAGAUUUUAUUUUUCAAAGACUUCGCCAAAUACUUACUCCUCUUUUAAAGGCUUUUGUGCAACCGGCAUGCUUUGCGACUAUGUUAUCAAAAAAGGCCUAAUAUCGUAUUGGAUGAAAAUACAAAAUACAGCCCAAUUCUCCUUAUGUAAAUGGUAUAUUUUUCCACUUAUCGAAAUGUUGGUCCGUUUUUAUUCUUAACCAGAUUCUUUGCAAUCUGGUCUGUUUUCUGAUCAAUUCUUCCCCAGGUCAAAUUCUUGUUUAUUUCUGCACCUGGUCAAGUACAAAGCAAUUUGGAACCAUUUAGUUAAUUUUUGCACUGAUCAAAAAUUGAAUCGUUUUUCUUUUUUCUUCAUUUUACAACCAACCACAAUUUUUGCCUGUGUUUCUCUAGUACGGGAGUUUUAACUGAAUUCUACGAAAUUAGAAACUUGUAUGCACUUGCUUGGCUUUCCUUCGCAGUGGCAAGUAAACUAUGACCGCAGGCUUUAUAACGUUUAGAUUCAUUCGAAGCAAUUUUGUACAUAAAUUUGCAACUAUAAUUUGAUAUUUUUGGAACCAAUUCUUACAAUACUACAAUUAUAGUCAAGCCAUGCCCAAAUUUUGUUAAUUCAAACUUCCUUUUGUCUCUUCUAUACGGGCUUUAAAAAGUUUGAAUCUAGAAGACGGGUGUGCAAAAAUGCGCAUUUUGCAGAUCACACAUUUUGAAAGCAAAUGUCAUGCCAUCAUCCACAGCUUUCAUCUGGAUAUAAACAUUUUGGAGUCUCCAUUUUUAUAGAAAAAGUCAAGACUAUAGGCUUAUCAAAAAGACCAUUCACAGAUGAAAAACUUUUAAACACAAAAGUUGGUUUUUCCGACAUAUAUAAACUCUAUAAUGGCCUCGAUCCUGUUUUCAAUUAUUUCAUAGCGUAUUUCAAGAAAAAAAUAUUUUUUGCAGUCUCAAUUUUUAAAAAAAGGCCAAAGUUAAAGUCUUACCAAAAGGGCCAUUUUCAGAUCGAGAAAUGUGCAACUCAAACUUUGCUUUUUACUGCUUUAAAUGAACUCAAAAAUUGACUGAAUCAUGCCUUUUGCUAUUUAUUAACAGUGGUUAUUUAGGUAAAAACAUAUAUUUAUGGAGUUCUUAUUGUUUUAUAAAAGAAAAAGGUUGUAGGCUAACCAAAAGGGCCGUUUUGGGAUCAACAAUUUGGCAGCACAAACUUUUUUUUCUGCUUUAUUUAAACUCAAAAAACGCAUGCAUCAGAUCUUUUUUCAUUCAGAGCGAAAAUUUGAAUAAAAACUGACAUUUUCGGAGUUUCAAUUUUGA